ACCGUGCAAGAUGAGUUGGCCUCUGUCGGCAUUUCUAGUUCUUAUAUUGGUUUUACGUGCUGAAUGUCACGGUGGUGAAUUCAAACCGUGCCAUUUGCCUAAUGAUCCUACGAUCCAAGGAAGAUGCGUUCCAGUAGAGCAAUGUCACGAAACCUUUUCAAACCACCAGAAUCUUCAAUUUUACCCAAACAGCGAUUAUCUUGAAACGAGAGUUUGUGAUCGCGGCUUUGAUGGUUCCAUUCACAUUUGUUGUGCUGAUGAGUCUCGUGACCACAGACAGUUCCACAGCUUAAAAAGACAUCGGAAUCGCCGGUCAUGUCUCUCAUUUCGCUAUGCACAGGGAACGUGCACCCCGAUCGAAUCGUGUCCUUCGAUCUACAACUGUAGCAUGGAGUUGCAGCGAAACUAUAAUCCUACCUUGCAUCUUCAUUUAACGCAAAGCCUUUGCUACGAGGAGAACGGUAAAGUUUUUGUGUGCUGCGAUGAUGACGUGAAAGCUCCGUUAAAAUUUUCCAAAAAAUUGGGCUGGCGCGCGUGUGAAACUCCGUUCCUAGACAAAGGGAAGUGCGUUCCACCGAGUCGAUGUGGAUUGAUUGGAGACAGCAAACAUGUUCCGGAAGAGUACAAUGCAUUUGUGGAGGGUUGUGAUCAGCUAAAGGAUGUGAGCUACAUGUGCUGUCCCACAAACGAAGUUCAAUAUGAUACUAAGCUCGGCAAGAAGUGCAACACUGUGAAUGGUAGAUCGGGAAUUUGUGUUGAAUCGGAUCGAUGUGAAGAUGCUAUCAAUGCGAGCGACAGUGAAGAGUACGUGAGAGAUAAUUGGUGCUAUACGAAUUUGGAUCAAGUUGCAUAUGUUUGCUGUAGCACGAAUAAAGUGUUGAAAAGUCCAGAAAAAACGUUCAAAAUCGUAUCUCGCCUUGGAGAGGACGCUCCUGUCUGCACCACCCCUAACAGUACCGCUGGACGAUGUGUAGCUCUGAGCGAUUGUGCUCCAAUAGUAAAAAUUCUUCUAGAUGCAUCUGCCGCAAAACAAGCCAUUACUCCCACUCAAGCCAACUAUCUUCGCAGCAGCGUUUGUUCACCGGGGUCUACAAUGACAUCCACCUACUAUGUUUGCUGUGACGAGGUAGCUCUUCAGCUAAGGACACAACCUGAUUCAACUUCUCCAGCUACAUCAACAACGCUAAGUGUGACCAACGAUAUGACCAAUCAUCCCAACGCGCGAUUGCUCAACUCCAACAGAUGUGGCAGAACCAGUCUCGAUGAUAAGAUUGCAUUUGGCGAGCAGGCUCCAAUGUAUCAGUAUCCUUGGAUGGCAAUGUUGAUAUAUCGUUCAUCGACCGGUCGAGAGGGUCCUGAAUGUGGAGGUACUGUUAUCAACAGUCGCUAUGUCCUGACGGCGGCUCAUUGCAUUGACGGUCAAAUUGAAAGAUUGUUGUACGUGCGGUUGGGAGAGUACGACACUCGGACCAAUCCGGAUUGUGAUGAAUUCAUGGAUUGUGCACCUCCGUAUAAGAUAUACGGUGUCGAAGACUACGUAUCCCAUCCAAAUUUUACGCGAGUGGUUCGAAACGGAAACGACAUCGGUCUGCUUCGUAUGAAUCGCUCCAUUGAGUUCGAUAUCAACGACGUGAUGCCAAUUUGUUUGCCACUUUCCAAUUCCCUAAACAGCUUCGAUCCGGCUUUGUUCUGGAUUACAGGGUGGGGACUAACGGAACGGUUGGAAAAUAGUCCCGUUUUACUCCAAACGCGUAUUCCAUCGAUAGAGUGUAGCAUAAGUUCCCGUUCGAUCUGUGCUGGAUUUGGCAAUGGCACCCUUCACUGUCGAGGUGAUUCUGGUGGACCGAUGAAGGUGCAGGUGCCAGAGUUGAACUUCCGAUACGUUCAAUAUGGAAUCAUUUCAGCUGGACCAGGCUGCGGGGUGGCAGGAACUCCGGGUGUUAGCACCCGGGUUUCGUUCUUUGUGCAAUGGGUACUGGACAAUAUUCGAGAGUAAUUAUUUGCCCACGGUGUUUGAGUCAAUAAAUGGAGAGUGAAAUGAUAAUCAAUCAA